CCGCCGUCUCGCACACCCGCACACCAUGAGGCCGUAGAGAUUGGCGCACCCGCGAAAAUGGACUUCACGAUCUCGCUAGCACACUUCUGCGAGGUCCACGGUCCCACGUCCAUCAUCUGCACACAGGCCUCGACUGCGCCAUGCGCUUCCUGCAACCCAUGUGUGACGCCGCCGACGGACGAGCCACACACGGCCUACGCCAGCUACGGACUCUACGACCAGCCCGCAUCUCUGAAGCUGGGCCGCACGCCCAAGCUCUCGCCGUUCGAGACACCGCCCACGAGUCCUCGAUCGCCCCUGCACAACCCGUACUUCCCCAGUCUCUCGUCGUCCGACACCAGCUUCGGUGGCCGCAGGCCCAGCAGCACCUUCGACUCGGACUCGGACUCGUGUGAGAACUGCCAGAUGGUCGUGCCAAAGACGUUCUGCGACAAGCUGCCCUCUGGCGCGCCCGGGAGUCCCUCCAAGGACGGACGAGGGAGAAACGGCAGCCCCGUCCUGCGCAGCUCCCAGAACUACCCAGUCCGCGGCCCAUAUCUCGGCGACGAUGCCAGCAGCACCCACUCGUCUGAGAUUUCGGACACGGAGCAGUCCAAGUCCUUCGAGAGCAACGCCAGUUCGUAUCCCAGCUCCAUCCCUCCUUCACCACUGGCCACCGCCAGGAACGUGCACACACACACCCUGACCUACAUCUCCACUAACCAGCCACAAUCACCGACAACCUACUCUUCACUGAAGCGCACCUGCAUGCGCACCCUCUCCACUGAAGUCCUACCGCGCGGCAACUCGUCCGGAGCCAUCAUGUUUGGAGAUCCUGUUGCCGGAUACACCAUUGCCUACAUCUUCCGCAUCCAGGACUCGAGGGCUCGCGGUUCGAUCAAGCACUACGCUCUGAUCGCCAUGGUUGGACGCGACUGCCGUAAGGCCACCAAAGCCAUGGUCAAGGUCACCGAGGUCUUCCAGGGUAUUGCAAACCGGAUUACUGCAUUGGCCGAGAAGGUCGAGCGCGAAUCUCGCCCCACUUCUGCCAUUGCUGACACACCUCCAUUGGGGACCUCCGCGUCUUCCAUGCCACCCAUGUUCACCUCACCUCAGAAGGCGCGAGAUAUUUCGUCCACUGCGAGCUCGCCCACCACACGGAACAUCACCCCGGUAUCAUCAUUCCUGUCCGCCAAGAGGAUUGACCCUGAUGGUUUCCCUCGCGUUUCUCGCGAUGCCACAAGACCCAAGAGCCUGGCCGAGAUUGUUGGCCAGGAGACUUUCUUUGUUGAGCUGCACCGUGACUUCUGCCAGCUGCUGCACUUCCUGAUCAAGCACUUCUCUUGAAGGCUUACCCUCAUACGUUGUCAUUCUUCUGUACAUGUUUGUUGUCCUUCAGUUUGUUGUCCUGCGAUUUAGCGAUUGUCUUUACUACAUGUGCGUUCCUGCACCGGCGUUCAACAACAGCCUGUACAUCUCUAAUCUGUUGAAACGGCCGUUAUUCUCACGCCUGCGAUCUGUUUCACGUAGACCAGGCUCCAUACCCAUCUAAGAUACCCUAGCCUGUUGUUCCAGCGUAAUGGGCGGUGUACAUACAUGGCUCUUAGGCCUAGUGAGGGUCGUUACGAUUUCACGGCCGUAGAUGGCUCGAUGCUGUAAUCGAGCGCCAACGACAUGGAAACAUCGUAACACCUAUUACCUGUAUAGUUAGUACGAGCAGAAUGCACAGAUUCCAAGUCGA